AUGAAUGAAUUAACCGAAUACGAGCGCGCCCGCGCUGCAAACAUUGCAGCCAACCAGUCCUUGUUGGCACAAAUAGGUAUCAAAGAUGUGCAACAAGAGAUUAGUGCAAGUGCACCUGCGCCAAAGGCAAAGACGAAAAAGGAAAAGCCGGUGCAGCCUCAAAAACGCAAGGCGGAGACUCCGCCCGACAAUACGCCCCGAAGGCAGUCGAGAAGGCUCCGCUCCAGUGGGCUUGUUAUCCCUGAGAACGAAACAAACGCUCAGAGACGGAGAAGAGAGUUUGAGGAAGCAAAGCUACAGAAAGAGGCCGAAGAAGAGGCCGAGCGUUUGGCAGCAGAGGAGCGACUUGCUAAAAUGCCACGACAUCAGGAUCUGGAUUUCGAGGUUUUAGCCGAAGACUUUGAAGAGGAAGAAACCAAAACAUGGGGGGUCUUACAGACUGCCCUCGUCCAGAAGAAACUCAAGCAGCAGGUUGGGAGCUGGGCGCCUGAGGUAUCAGAUGAAAAGAAGAUGGCACAAGAAAAGGACAAUUUAGUGACCGAGCUCAAAAAAUUGACGCUUGUGAGCAGGGCAAAAGUCUGCAAGGAGCGAAUAUAUUCGGCCGCAUACCAUCCCAUCACAACAAAGGACGUGAUAUUUUUCGGCGAUAAAGCAGGUACGAUCGGAAUUUGGGACGCCCGAGCCAAGCUGGACGACCAUGAAGGCGACGCCGAUGAAAAGAUAUCCGCCGAGGAUGGGCAAUAUUGGAGCCUACAGCCUCAUUGGCCUCGAAGCUCCAAAAGCAGCAUAUCGAGUAUUCGCAUCAAUCCUCGUGACGCUCACAGCAUCUUUACUUCCUCCUAUGAUGGAACGAUACGAACCACAGACUUUGUUUCAGGAACCUCAAAGGAGCUCGCAUAUACUGAGGAUUAUCUGCCUUCAAGCGUGGAUGUGGUUCAAAAUGGUUAUGAGCUCUGGAUGUCCGAUUCUGGUGGUGGAAUUCAGCACCUGGAUGUACGGGAGCGAUCUCGAUCCCGGAGAUGGCAGUUGACCGAGAAGGAGAAGAUCGGUUGCGUCUCCGUCAACCCUAUUGCGCCACAUCUCUUGCUGACAGCUUCGAACAACCGAACUAUGCGUAUGUGGGAUGCGAGGUAUCUGAAAAAGGUGGAAUUCACAGUGGAGAAAUCCGAGGACGGGGAUAACGCAGCCCCUGAAAGUAAUUGGGAUGACGUUCAGGAAUAUCUAGGUACCAGGGAUGGUCCAAAGUGUCUAUGGGGCGAGUGGAGGCAUCGACAAAGCGUUAGCUCGGCCUUUUGGGAUAUCUCUGGCCGUAGGAUUGUAUCAACUUCAUACGACGAUACAUUGCGAGUCUGGGAUGUGCGACCUAGUGCCCUUAAACAGGAUGGUCCACUGAAAUCAUUUAGGCCCACUACAGAAAUCAAGCACAACUGUCAAACGGGGAGAUGGGUGACCAUCCUCAGAGCCCGCUGGUCAGAAAAUCCGGAUGCUUACCCGUAUUUUACCAUUGGGAAUAUGGCACAAUCUCUUGACAUCGUGGGUUAUAACGGGGAGAUCCUCGCCAAGUUAGCAAACAAGGAGAAGAUUUCUGCGGUUCAGGCUGUAACAGCGUCCCAUCCCUCAGUUGUGACUCGAGCUGUCAGUGGAAACGCAAGUGGACGAUGUGUUCUGUGGGCACCAGAGGACAUAUGA